CACACGCAAUACUUUGAUGCUCCAUCCCGCAACCCUCUCAAUUCAUCCCAUCCCAAUCACACAUAGUCAUUCACGAUGAGUGCAGUUGCAGACAACACCGAUGGCCCCGUCGAGCAGGUCAAGGUGUUGUUUGCUCUCUUUGACAAGUACAAUACGCUCGACGUGGCCGGUCCUCUCGAGGUUCUGAGCCGCUCUCUCCAGGACCUCAAAGACCCCAACAGCAAGGCCUUCAAUUGCCAGUUUGUCGGCACCUCGGCUGCCAUGACCUCGGUCCAGGGUCUUACCAUCAAGGCCGACAUGGACUACGAGGACGCCAACAACGAGCUCGACGAUUUCGACGUCAUCAUCGUUCCCGGUGGUGAGGGCGUCUUCGACGUGCUCAAGAACAAAAGCGAGCCCUUGAGCCUCCUGACCAAGUACGUGGAGCUUCAGGAGAAGAACCCCGUCAAGGAGCGCACCAUCCUCGCCAUCGACGUGGGUGCUCUGCUCCUGGCCCAGCAAGGCAUGCUCGAAGGCCUUGCUGCCACGACGCACCCAGACUACUACGUCCGCCUCGAGACCAUCUGCCAGGAAGCGGCUAGGCGAGACAUGUCGAUGCGUACAGACGUCAUGGAGGAGCGAUACGUUGUCAACAAUGCUCGCUUCGAUCUGGGCGAAAACCCCGACGAAAACCCGUACAUUAUCAAGAGGUCGCGAGAGCUACCCACUGUGCCUGAGGGCCCCAACACGGCUCAUGCCCGCAGAAAGUCGAUAGCCCGCAAGGGCAGCAACGCCUGGCGCGACUCUCGCCGCCGCGAGUCGAUUGCCAGGCGCGAGUCGAUGCCCCUGGGCGGUAUGCGUGUCAUCACCACUGGCGGCGUCACUGCUGGUCUCGACGCCAGCCUGUACUUGGUGGGUUCUCUCGCAUCUCACGACUCGGCCCUGGAGGUCGCCCGUGUCAUGCAGUAUACUUGGGUUAAGGGCGUUACGGUGGAUGCGAUCGAUGUUUGAGUCGCGGCUCAGCACAGCAAGCGAAGGCGUUUACGGGAUAGGGUAAGAUUACGAUCGAGGCAAUUGUGUGUAACAUGUCGGGCAUCUCAGAGAUGGACCACGACGAAUCAUGUAAGGAUUCAAUAAGAAAUGUAAAGAAUUAAG